AUGAGGAAUACAAAUAAAGAGCCCCGUGGACCCUCGAACCGAUACGCACCUUGUGAUUGGUACUAUCAUGUACCUCUGAAGCGAUCGGAGGAGCCGGUUAACUCUGAAGUUCCACCACAACCAACAUCCCAGAUCCCCGGUCUUGGUGAUUUUGGAGACCCUCACAGUGAAAUUACCUUUGGGGGACGAAGGAAGUGGAUCAAAGACACCGACUCAGAAUAUGUGAAGCUAGCAAAGCAAGGAGGCCGACCUGAUUUAUUGAGACAUUUUACACCUACCCCCCGAAAAAUGUCCCUGGGGUCCUACGCUGCACCCGACUGGUACACACAUCAUGGCAAACCUCCGGCUGAUGACUCUAAGUCGCGGGUUUCAGCAAUGCCGGACUACAUGGUCCAUGAGGAGUUUAAGACCGAUCAACCUGCCAGCUACGAGCCUAAAAGGGGGCCUUUUGAUUUUGAUAUGAAAAGUGUUUGGCAAAGAGAUGCUGAAGACAAAGAGAACAAGGAGAAAAAAGAGGAAAAUGGAAUACAAGUUGAGGUCUCUUCCAGCAACACUAAAGAAGAAAUAAAACUUCCUGCUAUAACACCAAGGUAUCCACACAGAACGCCACAACCUAUUACAGCUAAAGAAUUCCAUGGAGGAAACAGGCUUUACUUUCCCCCAAUGCCUGCUCACAAAAAAAACGAACCUGUCAACUUCAGUAAACUGAUCAGCAGUGGUUAUGGAGAUGAGUGGCUCCAGCAACGCGAUGAGUGGGAAAAAAAGAAUUCCCAGCCUAACGAUUCUCUUCUUCCAAGUGAGUACCAGAAGAAAAUAGAAAAGAGGCAGAAAGCUAGGAAACAUACAUUGUCAUACAAAAGAAAGCCUAGAUCCCAAUCUGGACCUGAAACGGGUACCCAGCAUAAGAAGCCACUCUUCAAACUCCGAAUAUUCAGAGACACCCCAGCCAGAAUCAACACAAACAGACAAUGAGUAAAUGC